AUGUCAGCAAAAAGAGAAAAAGAAUUGACAAAAGAAAUCUUGUUAAUGAAGUUUAUGCAAAAAAAAUGUUUGAAAAAUGAUGAUGAAGGAAUGGACACAAAAUAUUAUAAUGAUGAAUACUGGGUUCUGGACAAACCUGAUGUUCCACAAAAACCAAUUAAAUACAAGUAUGUGGCUAGUUAUUCAGAAUGUGCCAAACUCAAAUUCGGUCGACAAUCUUUUAAUGGAUUCAAUAAAGAAAUAGAGUCCAUCAACAAAAAUAUUGAACUUAAACUCCGUGAUGCAGAAAUCGAUGAAAAUGAAAAGUUAAAUAUGAUUGAUGAUAUCGAAAUGGCCGAUAGGUAUUCUUCAUUGGUACAUUCCUUGAAAAAUAAAACAAAGACAAAAAGGCAAAGGAACUGUACUAAUGAUUCUGAUACCCCCUUAUCUAAAAAGCCAGCAUUCAAGAGACCUCCGCCCUAA